CAUGUGCGAGAAGACAUUCUCCAUUAUGAACAUUAACAAGAGCCGCAUGAGGACGUGACUGAGUGACUCUCACCUGCGUGACGUCUUGCGCAUCAAAACCACUGCUCUUGAGCCAGACAUGGACUACAUACUGCAGUCAAGAUCCCAGUAUCACCCUUCACAUUAGUGCAGUCUCUGAGUCCCGUAUCCUGAUGUUGGCUUCAACGCAAAACAGCAGGACUGCAACAUUCCCAGGCGACCAUCUGGACUGCCACCCACAUUCCAAAGCAGCUCCCAUCUCUGUUAAAACAUGUCACGGUAUACUUUUGGUCUAGAGCCACUGUCUUGCCACACCUGGAAUAAAGACAGGACACAAAUUGCAGUGAGUCCCAACAACAAUGUGGUGAACAUUUAUGAAAAGAAAGCCAGAGACUGGAUCAAGAUCCAUGAGCUUACUGAACACAGUGGGCGUAUCACAGGAAUUGACUGGGCACAUGAGUCUAAUCGCAUCGUCACCUGUGCUUCUGACCGCAAUGCCUACGUGUGGACUCUAAAAGAUGGCUCGUGGAAGCCCACUCUGGUCCUCGUGCGAAUCAACCGUGCGGCAACCUGUGUAAAAUGGUCACCUCUGGAAAACAAGUUUGCCCUUGGGAGUGGAGCUCGACUCAUCUCUGUCUGCUAUUUUGAGAAGGAAAAUGAUUGGUGGCUAAGUAAGCACAUCAAAAAGCCCAUCCGCUCCACCAUUCUGAGCCUGGAUUGGCAUCCUAAUAACAUUCUUUUGGCAGCUGGUUCUGCGGAUCUCCACUGCAGGAUUUUCUCAGCCUACAUAAAAGACAUCGAGGACAAGCCUGGACCCACUGCUUGGGGGGCUAAAAUGCCUUUUGGGGAGGUAAUGUUUGAGAAUAAGGACUGUGGAGGCUGGGUGCACAGUGUCUCCUUCUCCCCCAGUGGAGACCAACUGGCCUGGGUAGCCCACAAUAGCAGCAUCACUGUAGCUGAUGCUGCACUGGGAAAUGAGGCAACACAACUGACCAUUGACAGUCUUCCCCUCCUGAGUGUCCUAUAUGUGAGCCCUACGGAGAUUGUUGCCGCAGGGCAUGACUGUUGUCCCUACCAAUUCAGCUAUAAGGGACCCGGCUCUCUGGCAUUUGUAAAGAAGCUUGACAUUCCUAAGCAGUCUUCCAAGAGUGGCAUGUCAGCCAUGCAGCACUUCCGUAACUUGGAUAAGAAGGCUACCGAUGAUGACAGCAAUGAGCUGGACACACUACACCAGAACAGCAUAACGCAAUUGUGUGCUGUUAAGGGAACAGAUAAAGUGGAGAAGUACAGUAGUGUGGGACUGGAUGGAGCCAUGGUAAUGUGGGAAUUUAAGCACUGAGACAAAGCAGGCUAGAUGUUGUGGUACUGCUUCCACCAAUCAAUACUUGGGAGACUCCUCUGCUGUUUAAUAUAACUGCAACUAAACACAAUGACAGUGAUUUAAUUGAUUUUGAUUAUUGGAAAAUACUGUUAUCAUCUGUAUCACCCCUUUUCCAAUAAAAUGUAAUUGAAACAAGUUGAUAUCGCAUAACCUUUUCCUGUUUACAAUGUAACUGUCAUGAUUGGAGGGAGAUUGGACCCAAGACCAGGCAGAGACAGAGGCUGAAAGGUCGCAAUGAACAGUUUAUUGAAAGGGCAAUGGGAAUGGUCCUUGAGGUGUACUGGUAGGUGGUGGAGGUAGUGACGUGGGGCAGAUGGUGACAAGGACAGGCGGCAAGCUUGACAGAAUUGUGGCUGGAAUCCACUUGGCAAGGAGAAACCCCGAGGUCAGAGUUAUGCCACGGAAUUGGGUUGCUUACUUUACGUGAGCCAUGGUACCCCUACUGAAGCGGCAACACUCUGGCAAGGUUUUCCGGGAUCGGGCAGGCUUGAAUACAGGUGGUAACAAGGGCUGAUUGGUGACAGGUGCAGCCAAGAAAGGUGCUAGUAAGAAAGAGGGGCGGGUAGGAAUUGGGUGAGAAGGCACAAAGUGGCACUCAGACUGACAAUGGAGUUGUAGGGGAGCUCAUAAUAGUAAUCACAGUACAGUAUUACAUAGUAUAGAGGGCUGUGACUGACGUCACUGCUGAGCAUGCGCAUUAACUUUUCGCCAUAUUAGAAGACAAACAACCCCCCGCGAAGUUCGAGUGCUGUAAGUGUAUGUUUAUACCAUGGAUGACCUGAAAGCUUACAAGAGCAUGGAUGGAUACAAUCCGGUUGUGUGUGGCUGGGUUUGUGAUGUGGGAGUUGUUCUCAGAAAUGGAUACCACCGACUCAGUGGAAAGGUUCUCCAUUCUCAAGAAUUGCGAAAAAAGCCCCUUUGGCCUUGGGUGAUUGCUAAACAAAGUGGGAAAAUUGUUGCUGCACAUUGCAAGUGCAAGGCUGGCGUGAGAGAAGCUUGUUCACAUGUUGCAGCACUGCUGUUUUCGGCCAACAUCAGGAUACAGGACUGUCAUGGAAGAAAAAGCAUACUGGAAGCUGCCAACACCUCCUCAAAAAUAGUUGAUUUAAAAAAAAAAAAAAAAAAAAAAAAAAAAAUAAUAAAAUCCCAACCUACCUACCCUAGC